AUGCCCCCCGGAGGGCAGGCACCUGUCCUGGUUACCAGAGAGCGGUGGGUGUCAGUCACCGAGACUGACACCAAAAAAGGAGUGGAAGUGAGGCGUAAUCAGACCGACAUAGACCAAGUGAUAGCCUUCGUGCAGGAGGAACUGAGGGGAAAUGACCAGAUGCAGCGGUAUCGUUGGCUGCACCUUCGAGCAGUUCAGAGGGGAUUGGUAGUCUCGCAAGAAACAGUAAGGCAGAUCAUCAAAGCACUUGAUCCACACGGGGUAGAAAUGAGACGGGCGCAUCGUCUGAGGCGGCGUCUGUAUACAACCCGCGGGCCUAAUGCACUUUGGCAUAUGGAUUCAUAUGACAAAUUGAAGCCAUUUGGGAUUUGCAUCAACGGGUGCAUCGAUGGCUACAGUCGUUAUGUCUUAUGGAUGGAGGCUUACACCACCAAUAAUGAUCCCAAAGUCAUUGCUUCCUACUACCUCCAGUGUGUUGAGCGUGUUGGGGGCUGUCCAGAGCGGCUGCGAGCUGACAGGGGCACUGAGAACGGUCACGUUGAGGGCAUGCAAAACUUCCUAAGAAGAGAACACGGCGAUGCAUUUGCCGGCGAAAAGAGCUUCCUGUACGGCCGCAGCACUGCAAAUCAGCGCAUCGAAUCCUGGUGGGGUAUCCUUCGAAAGCAGAGCGUCCAAUUUUGGAUGAGCCUUUUCAAAUCGGUGCAAGAUGCUGGUCACUUCUCCGGGGAUUUUGUGGAUAAGAGUCUCAUGCAAUUUUGCUUCCUCGAACUAGUUCAGAAAGAGCUGGACGAGGUUGUACGGACAUGGAAUUCUCAUCGAAUCAGACCAGUUCCAUCCAGGGGUGACUCUGGGGGUCGCCCAGUCCUACUCUACACAGCCCCACAGAUUUUUGGUGGAGAGGACAGACUGAAGUUGUUUGAUCAAGAGGAGAUCGACCUUUGCAAGGAGGAGUGCAGACCCAAGGGUCAAUUGCCUUGUGAUGAAGAUGUCUUUGAUCUGUCAGUGUUGCUGAUGCAGGAAAAUGGAUGGGACACUCCUAAAGAUGCGUUUGAUGCUGCUGAACUGUACACACUGUUACGAGAGGAGAUACGAAAUAAUCUUUGAGGACUGACUGCCAUCUCCUCUGCCCCCACUGCUGUGCCCAUCACCACCGUCUCGGCUGCUGUGCCCAUCUCCUCUGCCUCCACUGCUGUGCCCAUCUCCACUGCUGUGCCCAUCUCCUCUGCCU